AUGCUGGACUGUGGGGUGCACACUGUGGCCGAGGGGAGCCUUGUGCCUGAGAUGCCAGAUGUGCAUCCACCCCAAGCACCCGACCCGGAUGCAGACCAGCAGCCCUGGCCUCCAGGCAUGCAGGGGCGGCGGCGGCAGCAGCGGCAGCAGACCCGAGGCAGAAGCCAUGCUCUGACAAAGAGCCAGCAAAUUACCAUGCUACAGAUGAUUACAAAGUAUCUCAAAGCCUCUGACUGGAAGUUGGAUCAGCCGGACUGGACUGGAAGACUCCGCAUUACCUCUAAGGGCAAAAUUGCCUACAUAAAACUUGAGGACAAAGUUUCAGGGGAGCUUUUUGCUCAGGCUCCAAUGGAUCAGUAUCCGGGCAUCGCUGUGGAGACCGUGACAGAUUCCAGCCGGUACUUUGUCAUCCGGAUUCAGGAUGGGAAUGGGCGCAAUGCAUUCAUCGGCAUAGGCUUCGGAGACCGGGGUGAUGCCUUUGACUUCAAUGUUUCACUGCAGGAUCAUUUCAAGUGGGUGAAACAAGAGACCGAAAUCUCCAAGGAGUCCCAGGAAACUGACAGCCGUCCGAAGCUGGACCUCGGUUUUAAGGAAGGACAGACCAUUAAAUUGAAUAUCGGGAACAUGCCAACGAGGAAAGGCGGGGCAGCCAAGCCACGUCCAGCUGGACCAGGAGGGCCAAGCCUGCUCCCACCGCCUCCGGGGGGCAAAGCAGCCCCCCCUUCUGUCCCACCUCCUCCCCUGGCGGCCAUUUCCAACCACGUCACCCCACCCCCGGUGCAGAAAUCCAGCCAUGCGGGCCACGCAGAUAUCUUGCUUGACUUGGAUUUGCCUCCUCCCAUCCCAACGGCGCCUGCCCCUGCCGCAGUUCCGGCCACCACAGAUCUCUGGGGAGACUUCAGUGCUGCAUCCAGUAGCGUUCCCAGCCAGUCUCCCCAGUCAUCCAGCUGGGUGCAGUUCUGAAGGACUGUGAAGUUUUUAAGUGGGAGUGGACUGGCGACCCAGGCGCACGGUGGCUCCGUAGGUGACGGGAGUGAACGGCUGUCAUUGGGUCUUCAGUGAAAAAGUGGUUUUGGACAGUCCUGCUUUUGUUAACAUUUCCAUUUGCAUUUCACACUGAACCUGGGGAAACCUGUGGGGAGGGGGAGCUCUAGCCAUCUGCCCUGCAGCUUCAGGCUGUGCUGUGAGGCAGGGGAGAAUCCUGAGCAGGGCCGGCUCCCUUUCUGUCUUCCAGGCCUCCCACAAGAGUAGCCCUAUUAGCCAGAGCAGAUUGGCUGUCGCUGAGGAGUACAGAACACCUUGGACCCCCCCCUCCCCCGGACACUAGUGUCUAAAAACAAGGUAGAAAUGAAAGUUCAGGGAACAAUCUUGUACAAGUGGUGAUACCUUUUCUCCCUGGGGCAGAUGGCUUUCUCGGAAUAUCUUCACAUGACUAACUAGCUCAGGCUUUCCCCCCACCAACAUUUUCUCCUUUUAGUCCUGUGGUAGGAGAAGGGUAUAGUUCCUGGCUUGGAUUGCCUUUGCCCUUGUGUGCAUCCACCAAUUCCCUGAUUCUGUGACUUCCUCCUGAAAACUGAACAUACUUUGGAGAAGUGGACCCGAGUAAGUAGUGUUAACAUGUAAGACAUUUUCCUGCUUUCAUCCCUGCGGAUAGUGACAGCAGGGCCCACCUGCAUGUCAGACAGAACCAUCAUGCUGCUUUCCCUGACAUGGGGGGGGGGGAGACCUUGUACCC